AGCCUUUCCGCGGGCCGGCCACUGUGAUGCCUGGAGAGCCGCCGCUGGCGAUGGCGGGGACGGAGCUCCCCACGACCGGCUCUGCAGACCCUCGGCGGCUCUUCACCUGGGACGAGAUCAAGCCGCGCUCGGGCCGGUCGCUGGAGCGCUGGUUGGUGAUCGACAGGAAAGUCUACGACAUCAGCCGGUUCCACAAGAGGCACCCGGGCGGCUCCCGCGUGAUCAGCCACUAUGCCGGGCAGGACGCCACGGAUCCCUUCAUGGCUUUCCAUUUAGACAAGAAUCUAGUGAGGAAGUACAUGAAGCCAUUGUUAAUUGGAGAACUUGCACCAGAUCAGCCUAGCUUUGAACACAGCAAAAAUAAACAGAUCAUCCAGGAUUUCCGUGAGCUCCGUGCCACCGUUGAGAAGUCGGGACUCCUGAAUCCCAACCAUCUCUUCUUCUUCAUGUAUCUCAUUCACAUCUUGCUGCUGGAUGUAACAGCUUGGCUCAACCUGUGGUACUUUGGAUCUUCCUUGGUACCUUAUCUCAUCUCUGCAUUGCUGCUUGGCACUGUCCAGGCCCAAGCUGGUUGGCUGCAGCAUGAUUUGGGACACCUUUCUGUCUUUGGCAAGUCUAAAUGGAACCACUGGGUGCACAAAUUUGUCAUUGGACAUCUGAAGGGAGCACCAGCCAGCUGGUGGAAUCAUUGGCAUUUCCAGCAUCAUGCUAAACCUAACUGCUUCCGCAAGGACCCUGAUCUCAAUAUGCAUCCUUUGCUUUUUGCAUUGGGAAAGAAACUCUCUGUGGAGCUUGGAAUAAUGAAAAAGAAGUUCAUGCCUUACAACCACCAGCACAAAUAUUUCUUCAUCCUUGGACCACCAGCUCUGGUGCCUUUCUAUCUACAGUGGUACAUCAUCUACUUUGUUGUCAAGCGCAAGCAAUGGGUGGAUCUGGCAUGGAUGGUGACCUUCUAUAUCCGUUUCUUUCUGACCUACUCUUUGUUACUGGAUCUAAAGAGCCUUCUUGGGCUUUUCUUCUUGGUCAGAAUCGUAGAGAGUCACUGGUUUGUCUGGGUGACCCAGAUGAACCACAUCCCAAUGAACAUAGAUUAUGACAAGAACUUGGAGUGGCUUUCAACCCAGCUCCAGGCAACGUGCAACGUCGACCAGUCCUUCUUCAACGACUGGUUCAGUGGGCAUCUCAACUUCCAAAUUGAGCACCACCUUUUCCCCACCAUGCCACGACACAACUUCUGGAAGGUGACCCCCUUGGUGAAGUCCAUAUGUGCAAAGCAUGGCAUCGAGUAUCAGUCCAAGCCUCUGCUCACCGCUUUUGCUGACAUUGUGUACUCUCUGAAGGAUUCGGGCGAGCUCUGGCUUGAUGCAUACCUGCAUAAAUAAGAAGCAAGCAACGUCUUGGGGGAGAUUCUCUCACCCUUGCCACCUCUAGCAAUUGAAGAAAGCAAGGGGGUGUUGGCGGUUGGGUGGCAAACUGGGUAGGCAGCUGAAUGCUCAGGGUGAUGUUUCAAAGCCUCUUUACUUUUCUCCUCUUUUCUCAUGUACUAUCUCCCACUCUUCAUUCCUGUUCUUGAAGAUACUGACUACUGAGGUGUGUGUGUACACAUCGCAUUCAGCAAGGCAAAACUCUUCAGGCCAGGGAACCUAUGCCAGGAAAUUUCUUUACUGCCAUUUCACCUUCUUUGUAUUUAGAAGGGGAACUCUUUGAUGUAGGAAUCUCUAAAGACUUCUGUUGCCUUGGUGUCCAGCUUGCCUUACUCCAUCCUAAAGAACCAAGGAUGUGGAAACAGUCUGAUGAAUGAGGUAGAGAGAAUUAGAUGGAGGAAAAGUGCUGGGAAAGGAGAGGAAAUGUAGAAGUUGAGAAGAUGAGCUACUGGUAAGGAUGAUCAGUUUAGGGCACUGAAUCCCAAAGUUGAGGAAACAAGGCAGAGGAAGCAGUAGAGAACACUACAGAAACCAAAUUGGUUUGGAAACAAUUGUGAGACGAGAGCAGCCAAAUUCUGACCCAGGCCUGAGUUUAAAGGCACCACUAGAGAAUGGCUAGAGGAUCCUAACUGUAGAAAGAAAUCUGGGAUAGAGUCCAUGAUAUUCCUGGCUGUAUGUCGCACAAAGACAAGCCAUAAUUAUCUAUGGUCCUCUAUUACCACUUCGUGGGACCACAUCUCAAAAAGAAAAUGAGUUUUGAUGAUGUACUGAUUAUUGAUCAUAAAGAGAAAUUGGUGCAAGUGAA